AUGAAAGUAUUCGCUGGGCUUUCCGUCGCCGCGCUCCUGGUCGCGAAUUCACCCUUGACCCUUGCCGCACCGACCGGCCUCAAUACUAGGAACGAACUCAGUAAUGUUCACGGUCACACAGAACCAAUCGGCCUCCAGGGUCCCACUCAUCAUCAUCGUCGGGAUUUGCUUAGCGGCCUCCUUGGGGGUCUCAUUCCCGGCGCAGGUCUGCUAGGAGGUCUGCUUCCUGGCGCAGCACCAGCCCAACCAGCUGCUGGAGCAGCUCCAACGACCCCUGCUGCGGGCGGUGACGGCGGCCUAUUGGGAGGUCUUUUUGGCUUGGUCACCAACGGACCUCUUGCGGGUAUCACAGACUCGUUGAAAAAUACUCUUGUGGACACCUUUCUGUGA